AUGGAGGAGAAUACAGCUUCGGUAACUAAUACCGUGGAGAAGAGCUCGGAGAAAGGAAACUUCACCAUUCCAGAAGAAGAAGAGGAACAACAACAAUUAGAGUUUAAUUACGAAGAGGAUGAAGACUUCCUGAGGAUCAUGAGUACUUUAGAAGAAAACACUUCUUACACUACUUACGAUUACAGCUCGUACACUUCGGUCUCGACCAUGGGGACAUCUAAUGAUUCUCAAGUUAUGGAAGAUUUAAGGAGAUAUAAGAUUCUGGAUGAUGAAACCGAGGAGUAUUCCACGACGACGGAUUCAGAUCAUCCUUGUGGAUGCUUGAACCGACCGGACACGGAUAUUUUUCCGUCGCAUUCGGAGAUCCUCUAUGAUGAACUCAUGAACCAGCAACAGUACGAAGGAAUGGAUGAGAAAGGAGAUGAUAGCACUGAAACUGUCACGGAUUUUACAGAUUCGGAUGAUUCAGAUAAAAGCUUAAAUCCUCUAAUUCUGCAAUGGUCUUUCGGCGUGAACCUCUCCGUGCCAAUAUUGAAUUUAACAGAGGGACACAGAAAGUUGGUUUUCUUAGCAGCAUCUCAUAAGGGAAUCAUCUAUGAUUACAGCAAACACGAUAUGACCUACGUGAAUGGACACGCGAACGCUAUUAAAUCCUCUUGCGUUGAUGAAAGUGGCAGAUGGUUGGCCACUUCUGAUUAUGGACUUAACAAUUCUAUAAUAGUUACGGAUAUUUUAUCUAGAAGCACAGUGUUAACUAUAACCCAAGAAUCUGAAGAAUCCAGCGUAUUGUUAAUGGCUAUGAGCUACAACGCCAAAUAUUUGGUUACAAUUACCAAGCAAGAAGGCAUCAAUAUAAACAUGUUUCUGUGGUCUUUUGGCGCUGAUACUCCAAAUGACACUUAUGUAUACACUGGGAAGAAGCAGCUUGGAGAGCCAAAGAAGAUAGUUUUCCAUCCAAACGCUCAAAAAUACAUUAUGAUUGCUUUCGAACGACAAAUUUUAUUCAUGAAAUGGAGCAAUUCGAAUACAAAGUUUUGUCAACCUGUGAUACCGAAAAUCAAGAAAACUUUAGGCACAAUCACCGACUGCACCCUGGUCUCGGAAUGUCACGAAUGCUUUGCGUCGACGACUGAAGGUUUCAUAGUGAUAUUCGGAAGUUCAUCGUACUCUGAGCAAUUCAACGAGCACCGAGUCAUCAAUACCAAAUCGUUCAUCAAGGCCAUCAAAGUGGCAAAAUAUGCGAUUACAACAAUGACCACAGUUGAUGGUAUUAUCGCAUGCACGGAUAGCCGAGGAACCAUCAGGUUUCUGGAUACGGGAAUCAAACUGCUCUUCUGGAUCAACAACAAGCACAUACCAAACAUUGAGCAGAUCAGCUUCAGUCUCUCAGCCAGAAAAUACAAAUUCGAAGAUCCGUUCGAUUUCCAAAACAAUAUAUUUCGCAUAGAAAGCUUGAAGGAGUUUAUCGAGAUGAGUCCGGAGGAUAGAUCGGAUGAGUUCGAUGUGCUCUACCUGAACACAGUUCCAUCGGAGACUUCGCUGGAACACAAACCGUUUAUAACGAGAAACUUUGUGGCUGGAUGCGAGAACGGAAAUGUAUAUUACAUCGAUUAUGUCAAUAACAUCUACAAUCCGCUCUUCAAUGUCGCCGAUUCCGUGGUCUCCGCAAUUGAUUGUUCUGAUGAAAAAAAUAUUCCUUACACGAUAAUUGCUUCAGCCUUACAUUUGUGCAUGGCAACAUCUGUUGGUACUAUCUGGUUCUUGGAUCCUCUACUAAAUCCGAUCAACGAUAAAAUGCCAAUUAGCGUAACAAUCCAUACCAUAAAGAAGGUCUGCUAUUCACCAGAUGCCAAAUAUUUAGCUUUGUUUGAUACCAAUAAAACCGUUUACUUAUUGAAACACUCGCAUCACAGUUGGGAAGUGAUUGGAAAGAUCAGAUCGCAUUACAAACCUUUAACCGAUAUUAUAUUCGUGGAUACCGAUUUGGAUCCUCUGAAGCUGUGCACAAUUGGCGAAGAUCGAUAUUUAGUUGAAUAUGACCUUGAUAAUGGUGAAGAGAAAAUAGCAAUUCAAUCCAGAUUAAGAAUAGAGCAAUCCGCUUUACCACUAUGUUUCCUGCACUACACCAACAAAUGGCACAAGGAUUAUCUAAUGGUUUGCAACAGCCAGCAAAAGUAUAAAAUGUUCAAUAUGGAAAGUAGGAUGUGCAGAUCGAUAGUUUUGGGUCCUGCGAACGGUUGUUACGGCAGUUUACCUUUACUCAAGAUAAUGAAUCUACCUGGAUUCAUUGGAAGAUACAUGAUUUUCUCCAACAAGAGUUACAUAGGUAUUCAGAAAAUGCCUCCGGAUGGGAAUCCGUACAGAUAUAUUGGAGUUAAAGGGAAUCCGCACUUACUGGAUUUUACAAUUAGCGGUGAUGGAAAUUAUAUUUUCACUUCAGGCGUUGAAGAUACUUCCGUUCUCAUGUGGGAAGUGCAUAAAGAGUGCGUGGAUAUGCUGCAACGUCUUGGAGGUGUCGAAUUGGAACCUUUUUACUGCUUGAUCGAAGGCGGAGUUGAAGGAUGGUUUUUCAAGGAGAUGCAGGAUCUUUUCUGUUACAUGCAGAUCUUACAUCAAGGCGAUAUGUAUCACGAGCAGAGAUUUGGAGAGAGUUUAGCACUAUGCGAAUUACCUGAUCUUAUGAGAGCUUGCGGUUAUUACCUCAGCGAAUUCCAGGUUGAUCAAGCUCUGAACGAUGUUAAAUACAGGAGUUUCGAUGAAACCGGACAACUUCGAGAUGACAUAACUUUCGUUGAGUUCGUCAAGCUGUAUAUCAACCAUAGACCUGCCAACGGGAUUACGAUGGAUGAGCUGCAGACACAUUUCGAAGCUUUGAAAGAGCAACCUUCUGAAGUUGAUUGUUGGUACGUGAACAGGUCGAGCGAUAAAGAAACUCUUGUGAAGAAGCUGUGCGAAAAUGGUGAAGCUUUUAAAGAAAUCACUUUGCAUAAGUGCCUUAAAGUUAUGGUGCAUUCGCAUCACAGGUAUAUGCAGUCAAUGGCAGAAUCUCAUACAGAAUUGUUUUCAUAUUUGCCAGAUGAUAUUGACUUUGAGUAUUUCACCAAAGAACUCUUGGGGAUAAUGCAGGAUUCUCUUUACGAAGAGAUGAGGGAACGAGAACAACAAGAAAUACUGGAAAACGAUGAUUAA